AUGCGGAAGCCCGGGCGUAUCGUUGCGUUCCUCGCGCUCCUCUUUGCCGUGGCUGCACUCCACAGCAUCGCCAUGGCCUUCGUUUCAGGGAGAGGACAACAGAGCAGCUCGGUGCGCUUGGAGCUCUCCCAGCGUGCGGCUGAACGCCCAGGUGGCCCAGGUCAAGAAUCCGGCCAGGAUCUGGAGCUCGUGCAGCAAGAGGAACUUGAUGGCGCCACCGUGUCCGUGCUGUUCUUCGUGGUAGCGGGAGCUAUAGUCCUGUGCUGCCUGCAGGGAGAGGUGAACUCUGGUGUCCUGGGAAAUCCGACAAGUGCGUACUACUGA